CGUGGCUACUGGCGGAAGUUAUCACAUUCACCUGUUGUACAUUGAAACAGGAAAAGAGCGAAUCGAUACAGGCGGCGUUUUGGCGAAGCUAAAAGCGCGUUUUGUAGUUUUUACUUGUUUAAAUAGCUUUUAUCGCUCUUAUCGCUGCACCCAUGGACAAGUUAAAGAAAGUUCUGAGCGGGCAGGACAACGGCACCGACGACCUGAACGUGCUGCAGGCGGCGAGUGACGCGACCACGCUGGGCUGGGGGACCCGAGUCAAAGCCUUCAUCGCCUGCUUCGCCCUGGGAGUGCUCUGCUCAGUUCUGGGAACGUGUUUGCUAUGGGUUCCUAAAUCAGGUCUCAUAUUGUUCGCUGUGUUCUACACAUUUGGAAACAUUGCCUCACUCUUAAGCACAAUGUUCUUGAUGGGCCCCUUGAAGCAAGUAAAGAGGAUGUGUGACAAAACCAGAGCACUCGCAACAGCCAUCAUGAUAACGUGUCUUGUGUUGACACUUUGCGCUGCAUUUUGGUGGAAGAACAAAGGUCUUGCCCUGCUGUUCUGCAUCCUACAAUUUUUGGCCUUUACUUGGUAUGGCUUAUCAUAUAUUCCAUUUGCAAGGGACGCGUUGAUUAAGGUGUUCUCCGUGUGUUUGAAGUGAGGGUGUAGUGCUACGGACCUCUCCCGCCCCUCUCUCUCUCUCCAUGCCUGCUCUGGCUUCAGCUCCGCUACCCCCUGAGUGCCCACUGGUAGCGCCCACUCGAGCGCCCACUCUGCUGCCUGGCACACACACGCAUACACACACUGCACAGGUGUGCUUUUUCUCUUCCCGCUGGCUGGACACUCUCCAGGAAUGUGUACAGAAUGUAACCGCCUGCACCCACACUUAUUCUGUCCCAGCAGUCAAAGAGCAAUGGCUUUGUGAAGACACAGGUGACCACAGCCGUUGCUCUCAUGAACAAAGUGGUCUUAAAUCUGUAUAUUUUAUAUAUCUGGGCUGAGUAGAGUGGCUAUUGCUGUAAAAUAGAAGUUCUAGAACUACACUGCACUACAGGCCAGAAGUUUGGAAGCAACAGGCCUAAUUCCAUCCUGGGAAACUGCUGUAUAGACUAUAAGACAACUUUGGGGCAGUUUUAAGGUUUAGAAAAUAAAGAAUACAAUUUUUUAAAGAUGAGUUAUUUGAAGAACGUUUUAAGAAUAACUAUUUAUCUACUUUUAUCUGAAGGAACAUUUUAAAAUAUUUUCUUUCAAAAGGUCCUUUGUGUAGCCCAGUCAAAACCACCAGUAGGACUGUCUGUAAAACACAAUUUCACAUCAGACAACUAUGAAUACCUUUAUUUACCUUUACAUAAUUAAAUUACGUAGAAUUAAAAAAAAAAAGGAUUAUAUGUUCUGCUUAAAAAAAUAAUUGAUUGCUUCCAUACUUAUGGCUAGUUACAUAUAAUCAUUCCAAAAUCCCCUCCCUUCUCUUUGCUGCCUGCUUUUAGUAAAGAUGUAAAGAUAAGCCAGAUGUAGGACUGAAUUACUCUGUGAAAAUGGAAUCGACCAUUGAAAAUCUUCAAAGGAUUUGUUUUAGUUUUUCUUUGUUGUUAUUUUUUUUGUUACUGAAUGUAUUGUUCUUGUAUUGAUCCGUUUAUGUAAUUGACUUGUGACAUAGUAGUUUGGGUCAUUACUUUAUUUUGCACUUUCCACAAGUUUAAAGGAUCAUUGCGAUAUUUGUGGUGUGGUUUAAUAGUUUCUUAGCUUGUUGUUCAAGGCUUACUGGUAGACUAUUUAAUUGCCAAUAUUCUGUUUAUUUUUUAGUUCUGUUUCAGAUUCUUCAAAUUUCAAAUUAGAGUUAAAGGUACAUUACAGUGUGAUUUAAUUUAUACUGAGGCUGCAUGAUUUUGGAAAAAAAGCCAUUGCAAUAGAUUGUUUGUCUGCAAUAUAUAUUGUUAUAUUCAAAAAUACUGGAUUUAACACCAGAUUUUAACAGAAGUCAGUGAUCCAACAUGUCAUGAUACAAAUAGUGCACUCCCUAUAUUCAAAAUUGAAGUAAAAUACAUUUUCCUUUUAUUCCAAAUGGCAUACUAACCUUACAUUACAUUGCACAUCCUGCGAUGUAACUAUUGCACAUACCCACAUUACAACAGCGAUGCUAAAACAAUAUUUUGUGCAGCCCUAAUUUAUGCUCACAACAUUUGAACAACCCCAGGCCAACAAAAAAAAUCUUAAACACAAUAACUACCACUGUGUUUUCACACUUGAAAGUCAUGUGUUUGUUACAUUCAAUACAUUUAGUCCAGUUAGUUUUUAUUAUCACUCUGCAGUUUACUGACUGAAUGUACUAAGAAAUGUUACUACUACAUCAUCAUCUAUGAGGGCAAAAUGUAAAAUAAAAUGUAAAGUCAUGGCAUUUCAUUCUAAGGUUUCACAAAAGGCUUGUGAAAUCAAAUCUCGACAUUUUUCACCCCAAACUACAUUAGAUAACUACCAUUUAAACAUCCAGUAUCAACUUAAAAUAUUUUAAAUUCAUUCUUUGGCACCUCUAAGGUCCUUAAUUUCCGAAUUUGUGUCUUUAAAGUUUUGAAAACACUUGAUAUUCUUUUAUAUUUCAUGGAAAACAGGGUUCAUGUCUAUACUGUGCUGUAGUUCUCAUUACUGAAGUAGCUAAUAGUGCUCUGGUUUGAAGUGUGUUGUGUGGUUGCACAUAAAAUAAAUCAGCACAGUAUUUGCCAAAGCCUGAGGAGAGGCUCUUUGCUGUAAGGUUUUGUGUGGUACCAAUUAACAUGUUUUUUUUUUCUUUAUUAGUUGAAGGUCUAGAUAAACUGCUGUUGUUACCAAGUGUUGUAAUUUUUUUUUCUUUUACUAAAAGAAAUUGUUGAUUUGCUCCAGGUAUUUCAGUUGCCUCAGUUUGUGUCUUGGCAUUUUAUUAUUAAACUUGCUAAUAUAUCAUUUAGUGUAUGUUUUUUUUUGUGUGAGCACAAUAACAUGGGCAACCUCAGCUAACCUGUUACAAGUGAAACAAGUGUGAGCUAAAUGUAAAACUUACCCCACCACCCCACAGAGAUUUAUUUGUUUCAGACUGAGGGCUUGUUUAAAAGUCUGGUACAUCAGAACAAACACAGUGCAUUUAGUAGAAGUCUAUGAACAAGGCUUUUCAACAUAAUUGCAUUAAAAAUGUCUGCAUCAAAAUACCACAAUAAAUAUGAUUAGUGAAAAAGGUUGUGUUCUCCAUGUGGCCUGUCUCAACUCUGAGCUUUUUAUUAUGUUUUUCCUUUAUGCAAGAUGACGAAAUACAAAACGGAAACUUUCUGCUGGGAAAGUGAGUUAGGUUCACUGUUAAGGUACACAGUUAAAAUGAAACUUUGACUAAACUGAAGUGAAUGUAAUCUGUAAUCUUUGUUAAGUCCAGGUUUUAUUUUGCUGCAUUUCUACCAUCUCUUGGGAAUGGAAUUCACUAGUUCCUACGGAAAUCCUCUUCCACUCCUCCAUUAUGACAUAUGACAGAGCUGGUGGAUGUCAGACACCUUUUCCUCCACCUUCCGCUUGAGGAUGCCCCACAGAUGCUCAAUUAGGGUCUGGAAACAUACUUGACCAGUCCAUCACCUUUAACUCUUGAAAAUUGCUUUUUCAGUUGUUGCAUGUGUGUUUUGAAUUCGUUAUAAUGUUGGAAAACUUUCAAAAAGGAGGGGAUCAUGCUCUGCUUCAGAAUGUCUCAGUACAUGUUGGCAUUCAUGUAUCUGCCAGUGCCAGAAACUCUCGUGCAAGACCAGAUUAUGCUACUACCACCACCUUGCUUCACUGUAAGCAAGACACAGUUAUCUUGGUUCUCCUCACCAGGGCAUCACCUCACAUGCUAGACAUAUUUGUCUCAUCAGACCAAAGGACAUGGUACAUUGGAAUCCUUGCUAUUGGAAUGCUUCUCUUCAACAAACUGUUAAAGGGCUUCUGUGUGCAGCAACCUCAGUAGAGGCUUCUUUCUGGGAUGACAGCCAUGCAGACCAAGUUAAUGCUGUAUGCGUUUGUGUAGUCUAAGACUUUCCACUUUUUCACUCCUCUGGAUAUGACGCUGAACAUGUGGACAUAACUUCUUUGGUCGGCCCUGACGAGGCCUGUUCCGAGUGGAACCUGUCCUGAAAAACUGCUGUAUGACAUGCUGUAGCUCAGUUUCAGGGUGUUGGCAAACUUCUUGUCAGUUCUGAUGCUGUCUGCCUGCCACAGACUCUAGUAUUCACUCGAAAGACUCUAUUUCCCAGAAUACACCUGCGCCCAACCUCCCAGACAUGCUGAAUCAGUGAGGCUUCAGCUUUACAGCUCACCCAGUUACUGACAUUGCAGGACCUGUGUUCUCCCGUAUAAAUACCGUGUUUUCCUUUUCUCCCUUGCUCGGUAUUGAACCUAGUUUUCUAGCUCUUCUACCCAGCAUUUCUUUUGUGUUUGUCUUUUUGUAAUCGACCCGUUUUGUAUAUUUUACCUCUCCUUUGCCUGGCUCUGUAUAGUUUGAUUUUAUUCUCAUUGCUGACCUGCUUUUGUAUUUUGACUACCCUAUUUGCUUUGCCCUCUAAACAUUUUGGAUUACCUGUGUAUGACCAUAUUGCCUGCUCACUCUAAUAUGUUGUUUACCUUUGCCCUACUGUUACUGCCCUUGCCUGUCCCUGACCAUUUCUGUAUGUUUAGCCUUUUAUUUAAUAAACUGUAUGCUUUGUAUGCUCA